AUGGCAGCAACAGCCCCUUCGCCCUCGCCAGCCCUAAGCAGCACCAGCUCCGGCGCCACUCCUUCCACCGCUGCGACCACCGCCACCGCCGCCGUGCCUGCCGUCGCUCCGUUCCAGACGGUGCACCGUACGGACACGCCACCCAAGACCCUUCGCGGGCUUAACAAGCCCAAGUGUAAGCAGUGCGGCAAUGUCGCUCGUUCCCGGUGUCCAUACGAGUCAUGCAAGAGUUGCUGCUCAAAAGCUCAAAAUCCAUGUCAUAUUCACGUUUUGAAAUCAAAUGCAACAUUUCCAGACAAGGCACCAACCUCAAGCUCUCCUCUAUUUGACCAUCAAUCAAUUGAGGCAUCACCAUCAGGGAAUUCACAUCGAGUUGCAUCACUCCGGCAACUUUCGAACAAUUUUGCUCAAUUCAAUAAUGUGCAUCUUCCCCUUCGUUCUAGGAAGCCUUUGACCAAAAAGGAUGCUGUAGCUAUUAAUGAGUGGAGAUUUUCCAAGCUAAAGGAAUACAAGGACAGAAACAUCGAAGUGGAAAAUGAAGCUUUUGAUCGAUACAUGCAGAAUGUCACCCUAUUAGAGGAAGUGUUUUCUGUGAAAUCUAUCAUGGAGGAGUCCAUUGGGGAUGAAGCUGAACUCAAAUCCAUAUCAACCGAUAAUAGUACUACUGCUACUACAGAAGAAGACACUGAGGCUAUGGUCUCAGGGUUGAAGUUGAAGUUGAGAUCAAAUCCAAUGAGAACCAAUAACUUCAGAAAGAGGAUACAGCAAGUUGUUGAUGAGGGAUUAAUGAAACUUAAAAAACGUGAGUUAGAUGAUGGGGAGAAGGAACCAAUUGUGGGAACUGGAUUGGAUCAGGGGCCCAAAGAAGGGGAAAAAUGGCGGGCCGAAAGGGCUUCUGCUCUAGGCGAUCUCAUUGAUAAGCUGAACAAGGCCCGAAAUGAGGAGGAUCUGAAGUUGUGCUUGGAGAUGAAAUCUCAGCUCUUUAAGGAACAUAAAUUGACUAGUACAUCAGAAUCUGAAGAGAAACAGGCUACAAAGAAUGAUUUGGAACCCCAAAAAGAGUCGAAUUAUUCAUUUCCUAAAGUUGUUAGCGCCACCGAAAUCGAUCAAGAAACUCUCAAUAUUGUCUACACUCACUUCGCUUCCCUUGAGCAUAUACAAGGUUUAUGA